AUGGGGACGCAGGGCGGCACGGCGCUGAUAAGCACGACGGCGGAGUGGCGAGCGCUGAAGGAACACUUCGCGAAUGAGAUCGAUAAGACGCACCUGAGAGAUUUGAUCGCGGACGCGAAGCGAUGCGAGGAGCUCGUGAUUGAGAGCGACGGGGUGUACUGCGACUUUGCGAGACAGCGAGUGACGCACGAUACGAUGACGAAGUUGUACGAUCUCGCGCGCGCGGCGGGGGUGAAGGAGAAGAUCAAUGCGAUGUUUAAUGGGGAGGCGAUCAACUCCACGGAGAACCGGGCGGUUUUGCACGUCGCGACGCGGGCGCCGAAGGAUAAGGUGAUCAACGUCGACGGGAAAAACGUGGUGCCGGACGUGCACGACGUCUUGGAUAAGAUUAAGGACUUUUCUGAGCGCGUGCGCAACGGGGAAUGGGUCGGGGAAACGGGUAAGCCGUUGAAGGAUGUCGUGGCGAUCGGGAUUGGUGGAUCUUUCCUCGGCCCGCUCUUCGUGCACACGUCGUUGCGCACGAACCCGGAAGCCGCCGACGAGGCGCGAGGGCGUCAGCUUCGGUUUUUGGCCAACGUCGACCCGGUCGACGUCGCUCGCUCGUUAAACGGUUUGGAUCCGGAAACGACGCUCGUGAUCGUGGUUUCGAAGACGUUCACCACGGCGGAGACUAUGUUGAACGCGCGCACCGUGCGCGCGUGGAUUCGCGCGUCCCUCGGCGAAGCCGCGGUGUCAAAGCACAUGGUGGCCAUUUCGACCAACUUGAAGCUCGUUGAAGAGUUUGGCAUCGACCCUGAUAACGCUUUCGCCUUCUGGGAUUGGGUUGGCGGGCGAUACUCCGUGUGCAGCGCCGUGGGGAUGUUGCCGCUUUCGCUCCAGUACGGCUACGACACGAUGGAGCAAUUCUUGAAGGGCGCGUGGUCGAUGGAUCAACACUUUGCCAACGCGCCGUUCGAGAAGAACUUACCGCUGACGCUCGGUAUGUUGUCCGUGUGGAACGUCAGCUUCCUGGAUUGUCCGGCUCGCGCCAUUUUGCCGUACACGCAAGCGCUCGCCAAGCUCGCGCCGCACAUUCAGCAAGUCGCGAUGGAAUCCAACGGUAAGGGCGUCGCCAUCGACGGCACCCCGCUCGAUUACGAAACCGGUGAGAUUGAUUUCGGUGAGCCCGGUACGAAUGGUCAGCACUCCUUCUACCAGCUCAUUCAUCAAGGUCGCACGAUUCCGUGCGAUUUCAUCGGCAUCAUCAAAUCGCAGCAAAGCGUGUACUUGAAGGGUGAAAUCGUCUCCAACCACGACGAGUUGAUGUGCAACUUCUUCGCCCAAGCCGACGCGCUCGCGGUUGGGAAAUCCGCCAUCGAGCUUCGUGCGGAAUCUUGCCCGGAUGCGUUGAUCCCGCAUAAGACUUUCACCGGUAACCGUCCGUCGUUAUCCAUUUUGCUCCCCGAGCUCAACGCGUACACCACCGGUCAGCUCUUGUCGCUCUACGAGCACCGCGUCGCGACGCAAGGCUUCGUCUGGGGCUUGAACUCGUUCGAUCAAUGGGGCGUCGAGCUCGGCAAGGUGCUCGCCUCCCGCGUGCGCACGUCCAUGAACAGCAAGCGCACCAAGGGUGAAAUCAUGACCCCCGGCGACGGCUUCAACCCGUCCACCACCGCCCUGUUGAACCGCUACCUCGCGGGCAAGGCGAAGCUCAUCUAUCCGGAGCCCAAGGACGUGUUCCCGUGCGAUUUGAUCGACGGCGACGAGUGCCGUCCGCCCACGUCGUACGUAUGA